AUGGGUAGUUUACCCUGCGACACCAACUUCGGUGGAAAGGACCCGCUUCCGCUUAAGAUGGGUGGAAGACGUGCAUCAGGGGCCGCAUCGAUGCCAUUAACAGCAGAAAGACCAGAGUCGAGCGACCAGGGGUUUGGACAGAGUCAUCAAAUGAGGGCAAAGUUUGCGCGGAGUCGGCAUUCUAAUAGCAUUAUUAACCGUAACUGUAAGAAAGAAGGUAAACAGAAAACAUGUUAUUGCAAACUGACCCCUUUCUCACGCAGUGCAAAUGGAAGUAGCCGGAGGGCUGGUUUUCUCCCUGUGAAGUGUGGUGAUAAUGAGGUCAGUUUAGAUGCUCGUAACAAAGCACCGGAAAGCAGGUACAUAUCCAAAGUGAGAGCUAUUCGGCAGGAUUUUACUGCUGUCCACGAUUUUUCUUUGAGUCGUGGCCGCGGUGAUGUUAGAGCAAUAAAGAUAACUGAGGAUGUUAUAUCGCCCCCCAGUGAAUUUCCCAUGAAGGAUGAGCGCCGUGGCGCUGCAAUGGAAGUUGACCGCUCUCAAGGCUGCGACGAUGAAGGUCUUAAGUUGCUCGACGCUGAGCCGCUUCCCAUCGAACCUCGUUUGGCCCUCCUGAACACUGUGGUUGCUGAAGUGACAGUUACUCCACCACCCCGGUGCCCGUCUGUUGGGUUAGACGUAAAAGGGUUGAGCCAGUCAACACGGCGUGCAGAUUCCCAAUCGCUAAAGUUGGGUACUGCGUCGCUUGAUGACGGAGUGCCGCUUCCGGAAAAUGGUACCGUAUCUCAACUCAUUUCCCAAGAGAAUGCAAUCAGGUCUGAUACUGAGGAUGACCAGGACUCUGCGCGUCGAGAGUUGGUGGACACCGUGCAGCUAUUAUUGGAUGAAGCAGUGUUUGGAGGAGCCGAGCCCAGAAGUGCGCAUGAAGCUUUUGUUGUGGUGGCGGGAGGUCCUUUCAAAGGUAGUGCCUUAAAAGUGUGUGAGAGUGGGAGGAAAGAUAGUGAAUGCUCCGACGACUCUGUUUCGUUUCACAUGUACUUAUGUGACGACGGUGAGGUGCCACCGGUGACGGGUGCAGGGGAGUCGCAGGGAGAAACGGAAUGGUACCACCGAGGUACGUCCAGUAGGCCUGCUGAAUACCAAUCUGCCAGGGACACGCAAUAUACCUUAUCUUUAUCGGAAAGCAUUGAAUAUCCUGCUCCAAAUGAAAGUGAUAAAGGCGAUGUGAAUGCUUCCUGCGAUACAUAUCUCAUAACGCCAAACUUGGAUGACAUCCACACGCGCGAGCGAUUUCCAAGUUCACUAUACCAGGAGAUACUCACUUCCCUCGGUGUGUGCAGCGAUGGACUUUGCAAUCCCUUGCCCUCUACGGUUGUUUCCUUGCAGGAACGUGGGAUGUGCGCUCCACAAUUUAGGGGUUCAUAUCCGGAGCGUCACCGGAAGGUAGUAACCUCAGCGGAAAGGGGUGGAGAGUCAAAGCCCCGUGAACCUGUCAUGAGAGGCACCGUGAAGGCGGAAACCGGUGUUCGGCUGGUGCAUUCAGAUGUGCUGAAGAAGUCUUAUGAUGCGCAUGGACUAACCGUUCAGCAAGGGAGUUGCGAGUUUGAACCGUUAGAUCCAUCAAUUGAUUCUGAGAUCAGUUGUAAAGAGCAAAAACCCAUUAAUCCUAUACGGGGCAGUUUCUCUGCCGAAUUCAGUGGCCAUCUCGGUUGUCUUUCGACCGACUGUCAGUGGGCGGCCCCCCAAGCAGAGCUUCGUGAUCUUUUCCCCUGUACUGACUUACCCCCUUCACUGCAUGUAGCGAGUGGGGCUGAAACAAACCUUUCACGUGUACCAGUGAGAAAGUUUGGAUUACCUGUCAAUACUUUAACAGAUGAGGAUGAUAACAUGGUGGGUUGUGCUCAGGUGGAUCAAAGCGUGGAGCAAUCAAGCGACGGCGGUUUAUCUGUUACAAAUUCUGUUUCCUAUCAUGGUAGCCGCGAGGCCCCCUUUGAGUUGUCCUCUCCUCAGUCACCUGAAUUCGAGUUAAAUUCUUCGCUCCUAAAACCUGUGCACUACUGGGACACCGUACGGAGCGGCAAUGUCGUUGUGUCGAAUAGGGGAAACAUUUGUUUAGGUGACGCUUCGAGAGCCCGGGAGUUGAUAAAUGCAGAAACGAGGCGUCGGGGCACCCGCCCUCCAGUGGUGACAAUUCCCAUGUUUGCUCUCGGAGCCGUUGGAGUAACGGAGGGCAAAUUGCUUUUUAAUGUUCGUGUCGGCGCUUCACGUUCAUUAACUAACGCAUCAGACAAAACUUUUGCUGUCGGGGUGACAACAAAAUAUUUCGGACUACGCCGCGCUUUGGCACCAGCUUAUCUCUUUCGCUCUAAUGGAACAAUAGCUGCAAGCGUGAAUGAUGCGAGCGGGGUGCCGUACGGUUGCUCAUACGCUUCCGGGUCCCAAAUUACCGUCUGUCUUGACUUUAACUGCAAGGAACUUAGUUUCUCACUUAAUGGACGUUCCCUCGGUACGGCGUUUAGGUUUUUGGAUGUGGAGGAUCCGGAACCUCUGUUCCCUCUUGUCAUUUUUGGUGAAGAGGGCGAUACUGCAACCAUUGCUUAG